AAUUCGGACUUUUCUCUUUAGGUAAAAGUUUCUAGCCACAAAAAGUUGUUUGGGUUUGGCAGAAGAAAAAGAAAAAAAACAUGAGCGGAGACGAGAGCUUGGUGGAAGCGGCGCUCCGAGUUUUGAACACUGCGGACCCGUUCGAGAAGGCCCGAGUUGGCGACUCGGUGGCGGCUCAGUGGCUCGGAGGGGCCAUCACUCGCGCCUACGACGCUUCCGUGGACCUUCCCGUACCGGAUCGUCCUGCCAGGCUCAGCAACGUGAAGUUGGUGGCGCCGGGGCUGAUGCCGAAGCUGGGAAAAGGCGGGAGCUUGCAGAGCAGGCAGGCCAUAGUGCAUAGCCUCGCGCACACUGAGAGUUGGGCUAUUGACUUGUCUUGGGACAUAAUUGCUAGGUUUGGGAAGCAAGAGGCAAUGCCGAGUGAGUUCUUCACGGAUUUCGUAAAGGUGGCUCAGGACGAAGGCCGUCACUUCACUCUCCUCGCAGCUCGGCUUGAGGAGAUGGGUUCUUUCUAUGGAGCAUUGCCGGCUCACGAUGGCCUCUGGGCCUCUGCCGCUGCCACUUCCAAAGACCUAACCGCACGCCUGGCUGUCGAGCAUUGCGUGCAUGAGGCAAGAGGGCUGGAUGUGCUGCCAACAACCAUCUCCCGGUUCCGAAAAGGAGGCGACGACACAACAGCUGAUUUGCUAGAGAGCGUGGUUUACCCUGAAGAAAUAACCCACUGUGCUGCUGGAGUGAAGUGGUUCAAGUAUCUUUGCAUGAGGCUGGUGUCUGAUGAGGAAGAAGAUGAAGUGAUUAAAAAGUUUCAUGCCAUUGUGAGGACGUAUUUCAGGGGCCCUUUGAAGCCUCCUUUCAAUGAAGAGGCGAGGAAAGCUGCUGGGUUUGGGCCUCGUUGGUAUGAGCCUCUUGCUGUCAAAGAGCAAGGCACCAACCCUACCCAGCAUGAGGGAGCAUGAAGGGCAUGACCAUCAUCACCAUUGUUGAAGCAAUAAAAUAUCCUUUUCUUUUCUUUUUUCACGUGUGGUUUGAUAUCUUCAAAUUAGCGAGAUUAAGAAUUAAAAUACUAAUACAAUUGAAAAGAAAAUUAGAUCCAAUACAUAUAAUAUUCGGUU